AUGUCUGGUCUGGUUUCACAUAUUUUUCCAACAGGAGUAUUACAGGUGGCUACUGGUGUUCUCUCAACACUGCAAAUAAAUGAACAGGCAGCACUGGAUGCACUCAGCCCCGAUAUGUUGGCGACUGACAUUGCUUAUUAUCUAGUCAGGAAAGGGAUUCCAUUCCGUGAAGCUCAUGGUAUGUCUGGAUCUGCAGUACAUCUGGCCGAAACCAAUAACUGCUCAGUCAAGGACUUGACACUAGAACAUAUGAAAACUAUCAGUCCUGUUUUCGAGGCAGACAUUGCCAACGUGUGGAACUACGAAAACAGCGUUGAACAGUACAGUUCGGCUGGAGGCACGAGUAAACAGAGCGUUAUACAACAGGUUGAGCAACUCGAAGAAUGGUUAUCGUCUGUUUAAUUCAAAUUUAACAAAUAAGUGAUUAUUGUAGAAAUAUUCAUAAUCAUUUGUCCAUUUUAGAAUAGUAUAACGUUGCUAGGUUGAAUUCAAACAUUCAAAAAGUAAACCUGAAAGAAGAAAUAAUAUAGCCACUGUGGUGUCAUAGUUGUCUUGUUUUUGGUGUCUGAGAUUCAAUUUCAAAUGGCUCCGAGAAAAGUACAAAAUACAGACCAUGAACCUUGAUGCCAUUUCAACAAACUGGCACCCAAUCAAAUUAAGAUCUUGACUGAUCCUAGGCUGUAUCAAUUUCAACAAUUGGAAAAUGACAGAGGCUUAGAUAAAUAGUACUAAAAUCAUGCAAAUAAAUUAAUUAUAUCAAGGACUUUCAGAAAAUAAAUAAUUUGUUUCUGGUCAGCACAUGUUCCUUCAAAAGAAGCCACUCGUAAAAAAAUUUUUCUGGUUUUAUGCUGAAAUAAGAAUGAAAACAAAAUUGACAAAAAAAAAAAAAAAAGACUGUCAGCACAUCAUUAUUUGAAACACCUCAGGACCAGAAAGAAAUCAUAUUUUUGGCGGGUAAUAAAACUGAAACGUGUUAAACUGGAAAACCAGUGCAAUAAAUGUAUUCCCAUAAUAAAACUAAAAAAAAAAUGAUGGAA